ACAAUUAGGCAAGCCAAAGAUUGACAAGAUUAGCUCAAAGAAAAGAUUUGCAUUUCCCCCUUUGCCUAUAGAGCCAGCCAUGACCCCUACAUGACCCCAUAGGAAUCAAGAUUAUAAAAAAACCUCACUCACUCUCAACUCCAUUUUGUUAGCUGUGCCAGAACUGCACGCUGUGUGUGUGUUGAUUCUGUACAUCAGUAAACGGACCUUUCUUUCUUAAGCAGCCUCCAUUUUAUUCCCAGCUUGGAACUGGACCUGGAUUUUUCUUCCAACAUAACCCUAUUCCUAAACUCAAAGAGUAGAGGAAGAUAACUCGCAGGUUAAAACCAGAUGUGAAAGCCUGAAAAAGAAAUUUGUAGAUAUGCAUAACAGUCAGUCCUCUGAUUCGGAAAGAUGUGAUAGUGUAGAACUUGAUGAUAAAAUAAGGAUUUUGAUCAGGAAGAAUGAUACUCCAGAGUCCUGUAAGAAACCAGAGGACAGUUCAUGUGCCUUAAAUUGUAUAUUUACAAAGAACUUAACAGAUACACCACUGCAACAAAAAAUUAUAUCAUUAGAAAAGCAGAAGCAGGAGCUUUUGUCAGUGAACAAUCAAUGGGAUCAACAUUCCAGGCAGAUGAAACAGCAUUAUGAAAAAAAGAUCACGCAAAUGAAAGCAAAACUGGAAACUAUGCAGAAGAUUGUUAGGGAUCUUGAACGAGAAAGAUAUCAAACACAGGAAGAGUGCAAAAGACUGGGAGAUUUCAUGAGGAGCCGAUUAAUGCAGGAAAUGAAAGACAAGAACACACUGAGGAAAGAGAACAGGUUUUUGAAACAGGAAACUACCCGUUCAAGCACAAAGAAUAUGUUUUAUGAAUGUGAAAUAAAUCGACUAAACAAGUCUCUUUUGGAUAUCUUGAAACAUCAAAAUGCAUCCUCCCAGAGUUCUCAUGUUGAGGCAUUGAAUAAGAAUUGCAACCAAGAAGAGAUGGGAAUGCAAAUCGAACUUCUCUGGGAACAGGUUCAGAUUUAUGAAGAAGAUUUCAAAAAGGAAAGAUCCGAGAGAGAGAGGCUCAGUGAAGAGAAAGAACUUCUGCAAAAACUUAAUGAGCAAUCACAGUCCCAGCUGAACAAAUUAAAAUCUCAGAUUAAACACUAUCAGAGAGAAAAUGAAUUUCUUCAGAAGCAAGUAAAACAACAGGCCCAAGAUUUCCAAGCGCUUACAGAAAAAUAUUUCAGCCGGCAGCAGUUGUUUGUUCCUUCUUGUCUUAAUUGUGGGAAUUGUGGCCUCCUUCAGCCAUCCUGUGAACCUCAAAUAACAUUGGGGUCAUUUGGUGCUAACAGAAAACAGCAGCAGCCCCUGUAAACUGAGACUCUGUCAGCAAAAAGACUCAGAGACCAACAUUUUACAAGCAGACUGUUCUGUGAGAAUUUAGUCACGUUAAAAAAUAUGCAACUCUACCAGCAGUUUAAUUUUAUUUCCAAAUACCACAUUUCUUUCUUAGCUAUAAUUUCAUUAUAUCCUCUUCCAUCACUGACCUCAUCACUUUGCUUUCUUCUGGGAAUUUGAUAAGUUUAUUAUGUAACAAGUAAUGGACUCAUUUCUAUUAUCUGCAUUUCCUGCACAUGAAUUCUAAAAGGCAAAAGAAAAAAACACUUUAUUCUUAUUUUUCCCUUUUACAGCUGUACUUCUGUAUCAUUAUCAUUUUAAAAAGUAAGUUCAGAUUAUUAAAAAGAUGCAUGCAUUUUUCUCUAUCUACUGAUAUACAUUAUCUGUCUUUUCAAUUAGAAAAAUAUAUUUCACUUUGAAAUUAUUUUAUGCAUAUUAAUUUUGUAAACAGUUGUACAUUUAUAUAUAGUAGCUUAAAUAAAUUGUAGAUAAAAUAUUUUUA